AUGUUUGACACACUCCGUCCAAUCGACGCUGUCAACCGGCAGCACAACCGCCGCGCGACCUGGGCUGGUGGCACCGCCGCCCAUGCGCAUACAAAGACUCGUCACCAGUUCGAGGCCAAAGGUGCCACAAAACACCUCGAGAGGGUCGAAAAGGCUCAAGAGAAGGGUGGCUAUGGCGUUGCCCUCAACACCCUCUAUCUAGGUCUUUCGGCGAAACAGGACCACCACGGCUUGAUCGAAGUCGGCAUCGCUUCUCACGAUGGCACCUACAGCAUUGACUUCGCUGUCAUGGUCCUUGGGGGUGACAGUGGCACUCCGAGCAAUGACAACUCGCCUUAUGCAUCACGCGCUCCCACUCCGGCCCUCCCAUUGGCCGACGAAGACAGAGAGAAGGUACUGGCAGACUUCUUCCUCACCAGGAUCCUCGAAUACCAGAAGGACCAUCACUACAAGUUCGUCGGCGCCGGCAUCACAAAGAAUCUGGUCAGGCUGAGUCCACAACUACCCUCGCGCCUUUGGUGGGAGCUGGACAUCGUGCCCCUGGUCUUCGAGCAUGGAUUGGAAGCUCCCAAUGGGGGACCAGUCGAUGCCGUCACCAUCGACGAGGAGGCCGACUCAAUGGCCAGGAAGUCACUAAUGUUCUUUGGACCUAACCUCCAACCCAGAGUCCAGGUUGGGUACAAGAACAUGGUCGAAGUCGACUCCAUGGGCCAUGCCCAGAUCACACGUUUGGAUCAGUAUCCGGAUACCGUCGGCAAAAGGACGUGGGAUGCCACCAUGAAGUACGUGAACUCGAUCAAGCAGAACAAGACGAAGAUUGCUUUCUUCAACAGCACGCCCCAAGGCGGUGGAGUUGCUCUCAUGCGCCAUGCUCUUAUCCGCUUUUUCCGCCUUGUUGGUGUUGAUGUUAAAUGGUACGUGCCGAAGCCGAAGCCCGAGGUCUUCCGUAUCACCAAGACAAACCACAACAUCCUCCAGGGAGUGGCCGAUCCCAAAGAGCGCCUCACCGACGCCAUGAAAGAGACUCUUGACGAAUGGUGUCAGGGAAAUGCAGACCGAUUUUGGCUCAAACCGGGAAGCCCCCUGGCGCCACGCUCCCAGGGUGGUGCUGAUGUCAUCAUCGUGGAUGACCCGCAGAUGCCGUCUUUGGUCGCGAUCUCCAAGAAGGUGGAUCCAGAUCGUCCAGUCAUCUUCCGGAGCCACAUCCAGGUUCGCUCGGAUCUUGCGGAUCAGCCGGGAACGCCCACCGCGGAGGUCUGGGAUUGGGUCUGGAACCACGUCAAGCAGGCCGACCUCUUCAUCAGCCACCCAGUGCGCGAGUUCGUCCCCAAGUGCGUCGACUUCAAGAAAGUCGGAUACUUGCCUGCUACUACCGACUGGCUCGAUGGUCUCAACAAGGAUAUGAACCAGUUCGUGACCGAAUAUUAUUUCCACGAACUGAGCACCGAAGCCUUCCGUCAGGGCAUGAACCGCCUCGACUUCCCUCAGCGUCAGUACAUUGUCCAAAUUGCCCGCUUUGACCCGGCCAAGGGUAUCCCAGAUGUGCUGGCGUCGUACGCCGAACUCCGCCGGAACCAUCUCAAAGGCUGGCCACGCCAGAAGACACCUCAACUCGUCAUCGCCGGCCAUGGCGCCGUCGACGACCCGGACGGCUCCAUGAUCCUGGACCAGACGCUUUCCCUCUUGGAGGAGAAAUAUAACGAUGUCGCCGCGGACGUCGUCGUCAUGCGCCUCGGCCCCAGCGACCAGCAGCUCAACGCGCUCAUGUCCAACGCCAAGGUCGCCCUGCAGCUCUCGACGCGCGAGGGCUUCGAGGUCAAGGUCUCCGAGGCCGUGCACAAGGGCAUCCCCAUCAUCGCCACCAAGGCCGGCGGCAUCCCGCUACAGGUCCAGGACAAGAAGUCGGGCUUCCUCGUCGAGCCCGGCGACUACAAGGCCGUCGCUCAGCACAUGUACGACCUCUUCUCGGACCGCGAGCUGUACCAGAACAUGUCCGACUAUGCGGCCAAGCACGUCAGCGACGAGGUCAGCACUGUGGGCAAUGCGCUGGCGUGGCUGUACAUGGCGGACAGUUUGGCUCAGGGGAAGAAGCUCCUGCCUGAUUCGGCUUGGAUCAAUGACAUGGCUAGGGAGGAAGCUGGCUUGCCGUAUGUGGAGGGAGAGACGAGGCUGCCGAGGAAUAAGGAGCUGGAGUUGAAGGAUUGA